AUGAGAUCUGCGAUUUACCUUGCCUCGUUCCUGCUUGGCCUGGCAGCAGCAAGUCAUCCGCGUCAGCCAACCGCUGUUGUCGAUGCUGGAACUGUUGUCGGCGUGACUACCUCUCUACCGUCCUCGACGGUAACCGUCAACAAGUUCCUCGGAAUCCCUUACGCUGAACCCCCUGUGGGUUCAAGGCGAUUUCUGCCUCCCAAACCCCUCAAACGCUUUGCAAAGCACACCUUCAAUGCAAAUCAAUGGGGGAAACAUUGCCAUCAGCGAAAUGAAGCGGAGACCGUUGUUUCCGAUGAGAGCGAAGACUGUCUCUUUCUAAACGUCUACACGCCUGCUGAGUGCUCUGGAAAAAAGCUACCUGUGUUGUUCUGGAUUUAUGGAGGCAACCUGCAAGACGGGAACUCUGGAAGAGCAAUGUUUGAUGGCACUAGCUUUGCUACUAACCAAAAUAUUGUAGUUGUGACUAUUAAUUAUCGAGUAAACGUAUUCGGCUUCCCAAGCUCUCCAGCCCUUCCUCUCACCGAGUCCAACCCCGGCUUCCUCGAUCAGCGACUGGCUCUUCAAUGGGUGCAGAAGAACAUCCACGCAUUUAACGGCGAUCCAAAGAAAGUGACCAUCGGAGGCGAAUCGUCCGGUGCAUCCUCAGUCGAUCGGCUGGUCGACACCUUUGGUCCUCCCCUCAUCGCACCAUUUCGAGCAGCGUCAGCGUCAAGUGGUCAAGCCACAGUCAGCGGCAUUCCACGAGACUCCGGCCCAGCAUCAUGGGCAGCGUUGGUCUCAGUUCUGGGCUGCAAUGGCACCUCAUCGAAAGUGGAGCUAGCUUGCAUGCAGCGUGUUGACGCCCUGGCUAUUCGCAAUAUAGUUGAGCUGCCAUAUCUUGCCAACCGGGCGGCUGGAAAUGCCGCGCAGGUUCCGGUGUAUAUUGGAACUUCGGCUCAGGAGGGGACGACGCUCGCCCGUACUUACAAUCUGGAUAUUCCAAACUUCACGGAGGAGCAGAUGAUGUAUCUUCUGAGCACAAUGACUGGAGGGGACCCAGCAUUGAACGGCUUGUUCAGCUCUCUUGUGCAUUCUAUUAUGGAUACAGAUGGUCUUUCUCUGUUCUAUGCCGCAGCGCAAUCAUACACCGAGCUUGUGUAUCAGUGUCCAGCUAAGCUCGUCGCUCAAGCCACAGCCCAGAGCGGCCUCCCAGCCUGGAGAUACUACCAUAAUAUUUCCUUCCCAAACAUCUAUCUGAAUGAUGACCCCAAUACCUAUCCUAAGUUUGGUUCGUUCCACACCGCAGAUCUCGGGCUUAUCUGGGGAACUUACCCAAAAGAAAAUGCCACUCUUGUUGAAGUGGGGCUGAGUAAGACGAUACAGAAGGCCUGGGCGGGCUUCGUUAAGGAUCCCUGGGGAGAGGGCCCAGGAUGGGAUAGGGUUGAUGAGAAUGGUGCUGGUCUUGCUUGCUUUGGAUGUGAUGGGGGAACCGGCUUUACGCUCAUUGAUGAGCCACAUGUCGAUGCGAGAUGUCCCUACUAUAAUUCGCUUUACAGCAUCACGAAGUCGCCGUAUUUUUAAUAUCGUACCGUG